CGCAGUGGUGGUGCUUCAAAACGCGCCGUUUUGCCGUCUCAUUUACUGGUGCUCUCGUGGUUUGGGUCACAUUCCACGUGCGCGUGCCGCACUUGAAGAGCCCUAUGCCAACCUCAUGCUGCAUAACUCCACACGAUUUUGGCCAGAAUGAUUUUUGUUUAUAAGCCCGCCAUGUGCUGAUUGCGAGGAUUUGGCGGCAGUCUCAGAAAACAGAGCAUGGGUGCCAAGUGUUCUUCUGGAAGAAUGAUCAGCCAAGCAGCUAAGCAGUCGAAGAAACACAAUCGCAUGUGAAUAAUGUGCAUGUACCCUUUACCCCGUGUUGUGUAUUUGUGAAUUUGUGUUAACUACUAUCGUUGUAGUACAAUGUCCAUCCAAUGCCUAGUGAUGCUACCAGUGGUGUGUGUCUUUCUAGCACUCUCUUGCAAUUUGUGGUCCUAGUGGGUUACAAAACUUUGCAUUGAUGACAUUGAACGGUGGGACAAAAACACCGAGACUCAAAGCCGCAGUGCAGUUCAAAGACCCAUUAUUGUUGAAAAAAUGCCACUGAGCUUCACAAUCUGUUACUGGCCACAGGAUCCAAUCGGCACUCGUGUAUUGAUGCGUUCACAAAAUCACAGAGCGAGAGAGCUAAACAUUAUGCCACAAUGGAAGUGUCUCGUAGAGCCUCACUUGCAGAGAAGGUAGUGCCUCAAAUAGUGUCUGUUACAGGAAACGAAGCGCACACAAGAUCCAAUUUGAGCCGCAGUUAGGAGGUGAAAGAGGUAUCGCAGAUGAAAAAAUAAUAUUAUUAGCGCCCAGCUCGUCGAGGGGACGCACUUGCCGUGCCCGGUAUUUACUUGUAGACACGAUUCAGUGCCUGCGACUGUGCUCCAAGGGAUAUCCGACUUUAUGCCAUGGUCCCAAGUACACCAAGUUCGGGGUGUGGUGAGGCAGCGAAACGGGAAAUCCUCGAACCGCGUUAUGGAAGCUAAUUAAAUGUGACGCAGUAAAAUAGUGUGAAUUUUGAAAAGUGCCAUAAGAUAAUAUACACAUAUAUUACUCUCGUAUAUUUGUUCUAUAAAUACAUCUAACAUGCAACGGCUUACAAAGCAGUCUUUGUUGCACCUAGUCAAGGAGUACAACUCAGAGAUGUGUAAUCCCAGCCGGGUUCUGUGAGGAAAGAGACGUCACAGAGAAAUGGCUUAGUAGUCGCUAAGUGUUUUAUAAAAAUAUCUUGACAAUGAUUAGGCAGCGAUAAAAGGAGUGGAGACCGCCGAUAUGCCGAUAUGCCGCCUCCUGGAGAAGAUCAAACGAAUGAGAAGGAACAAUCCGAUCUAGAGAUGAUUAAACAACUUCAACUAAUACGAAGUCGAUUACUAAGUCAGACCCAUUACGUUAGCAUGACCGACAUUGAUGCAAGUGCUCAACAGCAACAACACCUCCAAAACGUGCAGAGGCUGCAACACGAAAGCUGCCUUCAAGAGUUGCACAAUCAACUGAGCAGUCAGUUUGGGGCAGCUCGAUUUGCAGCACCGAACCCCCACCACCAGCAGCAGGCAGUUUCCGUGUCUUCCGGAAACUUGGUUCCAUUCCUUCCGGCCUUCCUACAGCCCCCAAUGCCUGCUCAGCAGCUUUUGCAGCUUAUUCCUGGCCAUGCGAGUCCCCAAACUGUCGCCCACCACAGUCACCCGCAAAACGAGCCAUCCAGCGCACACAAAAUGGCCCUAGCUCCUAUGUGGUCCACUGCGGCGGUGGCGGCUGCGCACAUUCAGGCGGCCCUGGCGGCUGCAGCGGUAGCAGCUGCCAAUAGCAAUCAAAGCAGCAACAAUUUUUCUAGCAACAACAACGUACUCGCUUCAUCAAAUAUUGCUAAUGAGCCAUCGAGCGCAGAUUCCUCCGUCUCUCUGCCACUGAUGGAGAUCGGAGAGAUGAGAAGAGGCGGGAAUGGAGGGGCAAGCUUGUCAAGGCCAGAGUCCCCAGCAUACGAAAACCCACCUUAUGCAAUCCUCUCUUAUAGCCACAACACACCUCCGGAAUCUCCACAUGGGCGAACAGCUGAAUGUUCCAAAAACUUUCCACCAUCUCCGAUGGACAAUCACAGCAUGGCGAGCCUCUCUGAAGCCCAAGACUCGGAAAUGGAUGCUCCACUGAAUCUCAGCAAGCCAAAGGGAUCGCCCAGUUCUUCGCCGAACAGCUCUUCCCAAAGGGAUCACAGCGAAAGCCUUACUCCCGUUGUGUCCAGUCCACCCCUUAGCUGGCAUCAAGGGCAACAACAUUAUGCCGAGAUAGAGUCACCUCUUUUGAAGAGUCAUGGAAGAGUUUGGAACUCAGCUGUCGUCGGUUCUGGAGGAUCACGUGCAACGCGCAUGAGUCGGGACUCAGUGAACAGUUGUGGUACGAAUUCAGAAAGAUCUGCUGCGUUGGACCCAGAAACCAUUAACCCAAGUCAAAUUGGCCCUGUACCUCCGUCACCGUCGUCACAUCCACUGCGGCAAGGCAAUGGGCAUGGACAUGGACACGGUCAUAGCCACGGGCACGGGCAUAGCAAGCCGCACAUCAAGAGGCCUAUGAAUGCGUUCAUGGUGUGGGCAAAGGAUGAGCGAAGAAAGAUUUUGAAGGCAUGUCCGGACAUGCAUAACUCGAAUAUAUCGAAAAUCCUGGGUGCGCGCUGGAAAGCAAUGUCUAACGCCGACAAGCAGCCAUAUUACGAGGAACAGUCAAGGCUCUCAAAGCUUCACAUGGAGCAGCAUCCGGACUACCGCUACAGACCACGACCGAAGCGCACCUGCAUUGUAGAUGGCAAAAAGAUGCGUAUUUCCGAAUAUAAAGUCCUGAUGCGCAAUCGGCGGGCUGAGAUGAGACAGCUAUGGUGUCGGACCGGCGGGGUCAGUGGCUCUGGAAGUGCCUGCGCCGAUCCCUGUCCAAAAGGACACCCCGGUGGAUCAAACGCCCAGGCGGCGGUUGCAGCCGCUGCAGCUGUUUACCAUUUGCAGGAUAUGGCAUCUGCAGCAGCGUCUACCGUUCAUGGCAACGACUGCGGGCACACGCCCCCUCAGCAGUUCUUCUACCCGCCGGAAAGCUUAUCGCCCUCUGGCUUUUCCUCCGACGAAGUGGAGUUGGCAUCUCAGCGCGAGCUGGACGAUUAAGGUGGGGACGGCGAUUGCCAGGCCAAUAACGGGAUAGUGACAAUUCUGACGAGACGUACCAGUUCUCCAUAGCACAGAAGGGAGGGAGAUAAUUAAAUGUAAUCAGCUUUGUAAAUACAAAACGGUUAGGAUAGUCACUGUUUGAUUUAGCCAUAUAAGUUUCAGUUCAAGUGCCAUUACACGCGUAUAAAUAUAGAUAAUUUGUGAAACCAUAGUUCGCAAGACAUUCGGUCUUGGGAACAUUGCAAUUUUUGUGCCAUUUACGCACCAAUGCUGUAGCCAUAGAAAUAUACUCCAGUUUAGACGUACUCAAAUAGGUAGUUAGUAUCGUUUAAUAUUUGUAAAAUAUACAAACUCAAAUAGAUUCAUAUGUAAAUGUCAAAUUUGUAUGCGUCCAAAUACUCGAACGUAGUCUAAUAGAAGCCACUAAAAUACAUAAGUAUACAUAUAUUCACUUAGUCGUAUAUUUUCAUGAUUACUUUCGAGUUAAUUAUUUAAAUUGACUUGUGUGCAUACUUAGUAAACACAUUGCUAUGUUGUUAUAAAAACUAAUAGUAUUCCUAUUCCGGCAGUAAGCCGCUUUUCGUAUUGCUGGUGUUUAUUAUGCUGGUGAUUAAAAUGUAUAUUUUCAAAAAAUUCACAGAAUGUAUUGUCUUUGAAGAAAGGGUCAAAAUGUACAAUCAGUCAGAAUAUCAUUUCCCGCUAACCUUAUUAAUUUUAAUCUUUAACAAUGCAAUCGAAUCAAAAUGCGCAUACUCUGAAAUAUAAAUUUAAAACUAA